UUAACAAGAAAUUAUGAGACAUAUACACACAUAUAAAAAGGCUGUAAUAUAAAGUUUUAAUAAACAGUUAUAAAAAGGACAUCAAACAGGAAGCAUUGUUUUUUAUUAUAAAAUUAAAGAAGAAAUGAAAGUGAUAUAAAGUUAAAUUGUAACUGAAGGGAAUAUAAAUUAAUAAUUAAUUAUAAAACACAAGAAAAUAAGAAAUCUAAGAAAAAUAAAAAUUUAAAGAAAUUUAUAAGGAGUACAUACGAAAAAGUGAAAAAUUUAAUCAAUUAAAAAAAAAUAAAUUAUAUUUAUUAAUUUCAUAAAUAUUUUAUUAAAAACGACUUAAAAUAUUUCUUCGAAAGCCUCAAUAAUUUAUUUAUAUUUCAAAAGAAUUUAAUUUAUUUGAAAAACUUCGACAAAAAACCUAUAUAAUGGAUUCUUCAUAUCAAGAUUUAAGUGAUUUGGAAAAAUCUGUGGCUCAUGCCGGCACUCAAUUGUGUACCAUGGCUCAUAAGCUGCACGAAGUUGAACGUUGCCUGGAUUGUAAUAACCUUGAAGAAAUAGAUGAUAUGUGUGUUUUAGAACUAUUGGAAUCGAUGUCAGAGGUACGUAAUGAAUAUAUAAAUUUACGCAAGGACAUACAAGAAGUGCAACAGUUACAACGUGACGUCACCACCUCAAUACGCGGUCAAAUGCGUAAUAUGCAUCAAACGUAUCAAAUGUUAAAGAAACGUUUAGAAUUAAAGGCCCAACAGAAUUAAUUAAGUUGACAAAGAUAACUAGAAUUAAUUAUAGACAAAUGUAGUUUAGUAUUUUAAGAAAACUAAAUAUAUAUAAUUUAGGGACAAGUUUUUAUAUAGUUUCAAAAAAAAACUUAUUUUAAAAAUAAGGAGAAAUAUUUAUUUGAAUUUUA